UCUCGGCCUAGCGUUUGGCUGGUAUCAACUGGUAUUGUUUACCAGUUGAUAAAAACACUACACAAACAGCAAAGCAACAUUUCCAUGGUUAAAAAUGGAACAGUACUAUAUUACUAUUUGUUCCAAAGAGGACAGCAUAGAUAUGUGUUUAUUUCAGAAAGUUAAUUAAGCCCCAGUGUGUAAUUUAUUUUGUCUUAGGUGAGCCUGCAAAGCUUUCUGAAAAGAUGAUUCUAGGUCCAUAUUCCACCUGUUUUUGGUAUCACACAACUUCUUCAAAGUCUUAUUGUUUUCUGUUGGAUUUUGUCAUGUCAACUCAUUGAACUGCAAACACCAGUCUGAAAUGUGCCUCACAAAAUGAAUAUGGUUAGUUUUACAGUAAUUGUGGUCCAUCAGAUAGAAUCUCAGGACAGUGUAGCUACUCCACUGUACUGUCUCAGAUUAACUGUGAGCUGAAUGGAGAAGAUUAUGGAGACUGUCAUGAGGCACAGCACAGUCAUUGAGCGUCUCAUGUUGUGCCACUGUGACUAAGGAGUUGAUGAAUGGACAAGGCUCCGCCCCCUCACCGUGAAGAACUGCAGCCUGCAGGAAACACUCUGGUCCAUCCACAGAGACCUCGGCUCAGCCACCUCUGCACCUCUGCACCGCAACCUCAGGAGUCUACGGCAACGUCAGAGCCAAGAUGGGGCGGAAAGAAAUCAUCUGCAGCUGGAAGAAAAGCACCAGUAACAUCAAGGAAGUCUUUGAAUUCAAGGGGAAAAUGGGAUCAGGGUCCUUCUCUGAGGUUUUUAUGGUGAGAGAAAAGAAGACUGGGAAACUGUAUGCCCUGAAAUGUCUGAAGAAAAAGCACCUCGCUCACAGCAACCUGGAAAAUGAAGUCAACGUAUUGAGGAGGAUUAAACAUGAGAAUGUGGUGGGACUGGAGGAUUUCUAUGAGACUCGAACACACUAUUACCUGGUCAUGCAACUGGUGUCAGGUGGGGAGCUGUUUGAUCGCAUUUUGGACAAGGGGGUUUACACAGAGAAAGAUGCCAGCAUGGUGAUCAAACAGGUGCUGCAGGCUGUCAGCUACCUGCACGAAAACAGCAUUGUACACAGGGACCUCAAGCCUGAGAACCUGCUGUACUAUAACAGCGAUGAAAAUGCUAAGAUUAUGGUCAGUGAUUUUGGUCUCUCUAAGACGUUGGAGCAUGGUGUGAUGUCAACAGCCUGUGGCACACCAGGAUAUGUUGCCCCUGAGGUACUGGCUCAGAAACCCUACAGUAAAGCAGUGGACUGCUGGUCCAUUGGUGUCAUAACAUACAUCCUGCUCUGUGGCUACCCUCCGUUCUUUGAGGAUAAUGAAACUCGCCUCUUCUCAAAGAUCAUGAAUGCUGAAUACGCCUUUCAUUCUCCGUUCUGGGACGACAUCUCUGAGUCAGCAAAAGAUUUUAUCAGGAACAUGAUGGAGAAGAACCCCAGCAAACGCUUCACCACUGAACAGGCACUCAGACAUCCCUGGAUUGCAGCAAAAACGGCUAAAGACGUGGACAUUUAUCAGUCGGUCUGUGAACAAAUGGAGAGAAAUUUUGCCAAAUCCAAAUGGAAGCAAGCCUUCAAUGCAGCCUCAGUAAUCCAUCAUAUGAAGAAACUGCAGAUGUCCCACAGUGAGUCCCCCCAUUUACCGCUCUCCAUGCCCAACAUCACUUUGCAGUCCUCCUCCCGGGAUGAUAUGAAGGUAUCGACACCCUGCCGAGAUGAGGCACCUGCUCUCGACCCCAACGGCAACCCUGUCCAUCCUGAACCAGGCAGAGGUCUGUGUCCACAGCUGAGAGCCAGUCACAGUGAGCCUCAUCGCGCCCUCAUCGUCGAUGAGUCAAGAGCAGUCCACUUUCAUUCUGAGAGAGACACUCUUUUCAAGAGCAUGGACACAGUGGCUCAGAUGAAGGACCAGCCGCUCCAGUCCGGAGUCUGUUCUGUCAUGUGAUGGGCAGCCGGACAGAGUUGGAAACACAUACUGUAUGGACUGCUGUCUACACUCCCACAUGGAAUGACUGUGUGAACUGUCUGUAAUGCAGUGAAUAACACCCUAAAACAGACAUGAGCAGGAAUUCAUCAUUUAGACGUCAUACAAACUCCUGUACGGCUGAUGACAUUUAUUCUCUUUAGUAUACAAUAGUAUUGUAUACGAUUUUAAACAUAUAUUUUUUUGCUUUGAAUAGCUUUAGGUGGGCACGUGUCACCGUUUAGCCAAAAACAGUGUUGCAACUUUGAUGAUAUAAGCAGAGUCAUUAUCUAAAGGUUAUCUCGGUUCAAAAUAAAACAUGGUUCUAUGGUCAGAACAAGUGUAGUUUAAAGUUUACAAACUGUCGAGGAUAACUUUUAAAUAUAAACAAAUGUCUGUUAUAUCCAAACCAUUGUCAAAUGAGUUCUCUGUGUUUCAGUAUAGCAGUGCUUAGAUCUCGAGUUACUUGCCAAUAUUCCCGCUCUGCACACAGGAAGUGAUUUGUUUAAUGUCAGACAGACAGUGGCAAUAGCAUCAUUGCGGUAGUAAAGUGGGACGGCUGCAAACAGGUUGGAGUAUGACUGAAAACACAAAGAUGGAAGCCCUUGAAGAGUUUCAUUAGACGGCUUAAUCUUCUGCUCAGAAAACUGCAGUAUGAAAGGAUAAAUUCUUCUUGUCCCCGUCCUCCCCUGUGCUGCUGCUGUAUACACAUAAACACUCCCUCAGGCCCUCUGAUAGUAUUGGUCGACAGAGACUGUUUUCAGAUGUUGGACGCACAUUACAAAUAAUCUGAAUCUUUUCUGUUCAUAAAGUCUUCCGACCCUUCCAAACUGCAGCUUUAAAUAAAAUGAAAGGAGGAAUCUGUCUGUCAAUGGUCUCAACAUCUCCUCAUCUUAAAAAAACUUCAAAGUGGAAACUGCAAUUGAACUCGAUCAGUGGUUGUUGAGAAAAUUCACAAUUCAGAGAAGUAGUCAGCAAUUUCGACACAGUUGUUAGUAUAAAGCUGCUGAGCAUUGUUUUUUUUUCUUUAAGUUAAACACUACCUGAAAGUGCCAACAGUAUUUUUUUUUAUUGUGGUUAUUUGGCCUGGCACCCAUUUCACAUGAGUGGCAGAGCUGAGCAUGGCCAUUUUUUUGUUUGAAUCCAUACCCAAAUGCAGAUUCCUUCAUUUAUUGUCAGAAUGCACUCAAGGAUUAUAAAUCCAAUUCCAUUUCAACACAAACAUGAUGCAGGGAAACUAUAUUUUUAGAUUCACCUUUAUUUCAAGGCAGAGACAUUGACACAGUGACCACAUGCUCCCCAUUGCGUCUUUGAAAUGUAUACUGUGUAUUUAAGUUUCUCUUGGAAAAAAAGCAGAACAUACUUUAUCAAGUGCCACAAACUGUAUAGUAAACAGUGAUGUCAUGGAAACUUCUGGAUUCACGUGUACUAAUGUGUACCUGUCUCUUUUUAUUAUUAUUUUCCCAAUAAAUAUGUAGUAAACU